UGCCCUGGAGUUGGAGGAGCAAAGUGGAAGAGACACUGAGCUUUGGAAGAAACUGCAGGGGCUCCUAAAAGCAGCGUGCACGCAUCAACCCCAUUGUUUCGCAAAGCAGUAAAAUUUUCUAGAGAGAGAGGGGGUGUUCACCUUGCAGGAAACUCAGCUGGAAAGCCGGCUAGCUCCUGUGAAGGCUGGAGGAUCUGCUCCAGUGUAAGGAGAUGAAAUCAACAAGUUUGUAAAACCAACCACCCCAUUAAGCUCAAGGGAAGUCCAAGAAAUCAGAAACCACACUCCAGCCAUCAUGUCAAACAGCACAUACAAUAAGAUGUGGGUAGACACCCAUGAGGACCUGGAAUAUCUUCUGAAGCAGGAGAUCAGUGCCCAGAUUGCUAGACCACAGACAGACCGCGUGGUAAUUUUUCAGAUGCUGGCAACGUUUUACAUUAAGUAUGUGCAAAUUUUCCGUAGUAUGGAAGUUCUAUAUGACCAGAUUGUGCAUCCUCAGAAGCGAAGAGUUAUUCACCAUGUGCUGGAAGGAAUUAUGGGCAGAAUCCUGGAGCUAAAGAAUGAAAUGGUGAAGCUGGAGUUCUCAGAGUUUCACUACUGUGACGAUAUUCUGCAAGACCUUAAGCUAACCCCAGAAGACCUAGAGAUCCCCAUCCCUAGGUACUUUAUCAAAGAUAAAUUACAAGUCUUGAAGAUCAGACAGAACAUUCUAGAGCAGAUAUUAUCCGAAACCUCAACCUCAACCUCAAAGGAACAAGGAAGAAUUGUAAAAGCAUUGACACUGGAACAAGCCAUUCUAAUCAUUCAAAUUUCUGAGCGUGCUCGACAGGGACGGCUGCGAGCCAAGUUUAUGCUGGAAAUCCGAAUGCAAGAGGAAAAGGAUAGAUUAUCUAAAUAUCGGAUAGCAAGCACACUGGCUCCAGAAAUAGCAGCUAUCCGCAUCCAAAAGGUGUGGCGUGGAUAUACUGGAAGGAAAAUAGCCAAGAAAGAACGUGCUGAGGAGAUGAUAUUUAUUGAAAUGGCGCCACCACCCAAUUUUGAACAGCCAAGCCCUGCUCAACUGCAAGUUCAGAAAACAGCUCUGCAGCGGCAUGUAGUGCAGGAAGUACAUGAGGUGGAAUAUCAGAAAGCUUUGAUUUCUCUAAAAGAACAAGUUCGAGCAGUGGAGGGAAUGGAUAUUAAGGAAACUCUGCAAGAGAAGAUCCGACAAUGGUUUGUUGAGUGUCGAAACACAACUGGGAGAUUCCCUGAUUUCCCUGAUGCAGAGAAAGGAGGUUCCGCAGCUAUUUUUGCUUCAAAGACUCCACAAGAGGUGCUUCAAGAAUUUGCUGCACAAGGUGGAAGGAGAAAGAAAAAGAAAGAGAAAAAGGACAAAAAUGAGGAGAAGAAAAAGAAGAAAAAAAAGAAAGUGAAAGCCAAUAAAGAGGAGGAAGAGGAUGGUUGGAAAAUAGCAGAGAGUCAUUUCCUCCCUACAGUUGAAGAAGGUCAAAACACAUUUGAAGUGAUAUGGAAGAACAGAAAUGAGGAUUCAAACCCCUCCCAGAAGUACGUAGCUGAACUCAUCAAGGAAGAGAAACGCAAAGAGGUGGAGUUGGAAAUCAGGGUGCAGGUAGAUGAACUAAUGAGACAGGAACUGAAGAACUUAAAACUAGCAGUGGACAGGGAUAAAGGUUCAAAGAAGAAAGGUGGCAAGAAGAAAAAAGCCAAGAAAGGAAAAAAGAAGAAAAAAGAAAAAGACUUUACAAUGCACAGGACAAUUGAUUCGCUUUAUGAAGAAUUAAUACGUGAAGGUCUUCUCGUACGACCAAGAAAUGUGCAACUCUCUGAUUUUUUAGGUGAGUACAACUACCUGGGAACCACACUGCGGCAAACUGAUAUUGAACCAAUGCCUUCCCUCUUAGAUGUGAGGCAGCUAAUUGCACUCUAUGGGAUUCUGCCAUUGGGUUCUCAAGCUGUCCAUGAGAAAGCUCCAUUGGUGAAGUCUCUGCUGUUGGCAGGACCAUCUGGAGUCGGAAAGAAAAUGCUGGUCCAUGCUCUCUGUACGGAAACAGGAGCCAACCUUUUUAAUUUGUCACCACAUAACACUGCAGGAAAAUAUCCGGGCAAGAUUGGCCUCAAAAUGAUGAUCCAUAUGGUAUUCAAGGUUGCUCGUAUGUUGCAGCCUUCUGUUGUAUGGAUCGACAAUGCAGAGAAAGUCUUCUACAAGAAGGUUCCAAAGAUGGAAAAGCAGCUGGAACCAAAGCGGUUAAAGAAAUCUUUCCCAAAAAUACUCAAGUCCAUUAAAGCAGAAGAUCGUGUUCUCAUUGUGGGCACAACGAGACGGCCAUUUGAUGCAGAGUUGAAGUCUUUCUGCCGAGGUUUCCAGAAAAUUGUGCUCAUCCCUAGACCAGAUUAUACUUCUCGAUUUGUGUUAUGGCGGAACUUCAUUCAACAAAAUGGUGGGAUUCUGACCAAUUCAUUAGACCUGAGUUCUCUAGCAAAAGUUACUGAUGGUUAUACCCAGGGACAUCUUAGUCAAGCAGCAAAAUACAUUCUAACUGAGCAACGAAUAAAGCAGCUGUACACCAAGCCUCUGACUGCAAUAGAGUUUAUUGUUCCUCUUGCCAGGCAAGAUCCUGUAUUCAAGGAGGAGGAGGAAGCAUUCAAGAUUUGGUAUGCCAAAACACCGCUGGGCAAGAAGAGAGCCAAAGCUGCAAAGGAACAAGAAAGCGAUCAAGGGAAGGAGAAGGAGAAAAAGGGAAAGAAUGAAAAGAAAAAAGGGAAAAAGAAAAAAUAACAAGAUAUUGAUGUUCUUGAAGUCAGCUGUAUGUUUAUAUUGUAUUCAGUCAGUUGUAAGUAUUGAGAAGUUUUGAGAAUCCCUAUUAUAAUUAAGUUAAUUGAAAAAUUAAUGCUCAAGUUACUACAUUGGUUUCCUUUCAAUCAACAUGAUUAAAUCAUCUGCUGUGCACAAUUGUAUGAUGUGUCUUCCUGCAACUACUACUUUGCAAAUAACAACAAAAGCUUGUGAUUUUCUGAGGGGCAGAAAGCAUAGUGUGAAUUCUACCAAAUGGCAGCUGUAGUUGUGAGGAAAUGACUCAAUUCAGCUUUUGUGAUGCCAG